AUGCACCGUCAACAUAUACACUGCACCACGCAGAUCGAAGAGUUGAAGGCCCUGGACCCUUCCCUGGUUCCCCUCCAAGGUUUCCGCUUUCGGAUAUUUGUCAUCCCGAUCUCGGGAUCUCGCGAUAACGAUAAGGUGUGGGCCCUGCCCAGGUGCCCAGGUGCCUCUCUACUGGCUCACUCUCAUGCCUACAUUUGUACGGAGUAUGAGCGCUUCAAUAUGCCGCUACGGAUCGCCAUCUUAACAUGCGACACCCCUGUCCCCGAGGCCAACCGACCCUAUAAUGGGUAUGGCGGCAUUUUCACGUCGCUGCUGGAAUCCAGCGCCACAGCGAGCGGUCUGGAUCCGCGUGAUCUUGAAAUCACCGUAUUUGACAUCGUCGAUGGCAGUCAUUAUCCAAAGCUGGAGGACAUCGAUGCUAUCCUCAUGACUGGAUCAAGUGCGUAUUGGCUUAGGGACCUCUGUACUUGUGCUAAUACUGCAACAGAGUACAACUCCUAUGAUGACACCCCAUGGAUUUUACGCUUGCUGGAGUAUACCAAGAAAGUUUUAGCACAGGACCGGGUUCGGAUACUCGGAAUUUGCUUUGGUCAUCAAAUCUUGGGACGUGCUUUGGGCACUAAGGUAGGACGAAGCGAUCAGGGCUGGGAGGUUUCCGUGUGUGACAUGGACUUGACAGAGAAGGGAAAAGAGGUGUUUGGUCGGGACAAAAUUCGGAUCCAGCAAAUGCACCAGGAUAUCGUCUUCUCGGUUCCCCCGAAUGUGAUCUCGCUGGGAUCUUCCCCUCGAUGUGAGGUGCAGGGCAUGUAUGCGGCUCGCCGUUUCAUCACAGUGCAGGGGCAUUCCGAAUACAAUGAAGCUAUUGUAAAAGAGAUUGUAAACAUUCGGACCCGGGCGGGAGUAUUCAAAGCCGAGUUCGCGCAAGAUGCUCUUGAUAGAGCUGGAAAGGACCACGAUGGCCUGGGAAUUGCCACCGUUUUCCUCAAGUUCCUACUGGAGGAAUAA